AUGGGAGCGUUACCUGAAACACGAGUCACCCCUGGAAGAGCCUUCAAAACCUGCGGACUGGAUUUUGCCGGACCAAUACAACUAAAAUGGUCAUCGGGCAGAGGCGCUAACACGAUGAAAUCCUAUAUAGUCCUCUUUAUCUACUUGAAGACCAAAGCCAUUCACUUGGAGGUUGUGAGUGAUCUCUCUGGACAAGCGUGUCUUGCAGCAAUCAAACGAUUUGUGUCCCGGCGCGGUUUGUGCUCGGAUUUGUAUUCUGAUUGUGGUACAAAUUUCGUAGCAGCCAGUAAAGAAAUAAAACACCAGUUCAUGCAGAUGAUGAAAACAGUUCAGUCCACGGUAGCUAGCGACAAAAUCACCUGGCACUUCAUACCCCCGAGCAGUCCUCAUUUCGGAGGAUUAUGGGAAGCUGGGGUGAAGUCAGUCAAACUGCACCUGCAGAAAGUAAUCGGUGACAGCUUGUUAACAAUGGAGGAAAUGUACACGGUUCUCACCCAGAUCGAAGCAGUUCUUAAUAGUCGGCCACUCAUGCCCAUCAGCGACGAUGUUAAUGAUCUGGAAGCACCCACUCCCGCGCAUUUUUUGAUUGGCGAACCACUCAUAUCAAUCCCGCAAGAAACCCCGAACGAAGAAUUAAACCUGCUGAAAAAAUGGAAACUGACACAGCAAAUUGUAAAACAAUUUUGGAACCGGUGGUCAGAUGAGUUCAUCACAAAGCCGAACAUGGAACCCGGACAACUGGUAUUAGUCAAGAGCGAGAAUUAUCCUCCAUCAAAGUGGCCAUUAGCUCGUAUCACUGAGGUUCAUCCUGGUGCAGACGGUCUAGUUCGCGUAGCAACAAUUAAAUUACAUGGCCGUAUUACCAAGAGACCAAUCGUCAAGUUGGCGGCUCUACCUAUUGAAGACCACCAUCCAGUGAACAUUCCAGAGGGUUCUAACGAAAAUGAACAUGCCUCCGCGAACAAACAGGACAGUCAACCCACUAAAGUCAACCGGAAACGAAGAUCUCAGCCAACAAUUACAAGAGUUAAAUCAAACGAUGCAACUUCCGCUUCCCACCACAAAAUGAUACGACAUACCGUGAACAAAUUAAAUGUCAACUAA